CUGGUGCCUUGUAUGGAUUUCAUAGUGUUGAUUUGGGCCAGGGACAUGGAAAACAGGUUUUGCAUCCUUUCUUCCAUUAUGAAGGAUACUUCUACAAAGCUGAAAUUGGGGGUACCCUUCCUCUUAACAUCCUACCCAAGUCUGUACUUGUAUAUUUUCAACUGGGUUCAUUUAAUCUGUCGUAUUUACAAUCUCACCCGUGUAUUUAAGGGUAGUUGAUUUUACCAAAUUCCUUUGUAUAUAUGUACCAUCCACCAUUUUUGUUCUCACAGGUUUCACAAAUGUUUCAUCUUAGACGAGUGAUCUUAAAACAAAAUUUAAUUAAUUAAUAAAUCAAAUUUUAUGAAAACGUGAACAGUGUAAAACUUGUGAACUAUUCUGGAAGUAAUGGAAUCCGCCCCCUCCAACAAUCUAAAGAUAUGCACCCACUGCUCAAAAGUGUUCAAAACGAACCAUGGCCUUUCUCGGUAUGCCGUCACACAUGAUGAUAAUGCGCAAGUUGACUGUGAGGUUUGCGGGAAAACAUUCAAAAAUUAUAUAGUACUUUCUCAACAUGUCAAUGUCAUUCACGGCAAAAAAAUAAGGCCACGGUUUCCCUGUUCGAUGUCAGGGUGUUCCAAAACAUUUAGUACGCCAGCAGGUGUGAAAAACCACUAUAAUUUGGAACAUGUCAGUGAUCCGGUCCGAUUUCAAUGCACGCUUUGUGACAAGAAAUUCAAGGCAAAGCCCAAUCUCGAGUAUCAUAUUGCGAGCCACACGACAGAAAAAGGCUACAAAUGUCUCAUUUGUGAGAAACGCUUCGCCCGUCCAAAUUAUAUUAAACAGCAUAUGGAACUCCAUCAAGAUAAUUCUGACCGCAAUGUUUUCAAAUGUCACAUAUGUUCAAGGUCGUACAUGUCCGCAUCUGGAAUCUCGUAUCAUAUCCGCACUCACAAUAAACCUGGGGUUGAGUAUCAUUGCACCAUUUGCGACAAGAGACUCAAAACUUAUAGCGGUUUAAGGUAUCACAUGAUCGCAAAACAUGAAGAGAAAAAGAGACCCACUUUGUCAUGUGAGAAGUGCGAAUAUAAGACAUGGGUAAAAUCAAAACUUACCACACAUUUCAAACGGAUGCACGAAAAUGAGAAGAGGCACCAAUGUUAUUUCUGUUCAAAGAAAUUCUUUGCUUUGAAGGAUUUGGUUGGCCAUUGUAAUAGGAUACAUACUUUAGAAAAAUAAGAAGCGAUAUAAUUGGUUUCCUAGAAAAUUCCUACAACUAUCUAAUACCAGGGCCGUGUAUGCUUGCAGGCCAUAAAUAAGUAAGUAACACACGUGGUACUAAACGUGAUCGGACUUUAUAAAAUACGCCAAGAACACAAAACCUACAGUGCAGCUUUGCUUAGCCCGAGCCAGGGUGGGUACAACUAGAAUUUGUUUACCAAUCUUUACGCCAAAAUUCAGCUUAAUUGAGUGAUUUUGCAAAAUCAGUAUGGGUCACCCCACCGGGUUCCUCUGGGUCAAAAUUUUCAAAAUUGUACAUCAUAAACUCCCAUUAUAAGCUGCUAUCGACUUCCAUACCAAAUUUCAGCUUAAUUGGACGAUUUUGAAAAAUCAGUUUGAGUGACCCCAUAGGGUCCCUCCAGAUAAAAAUUU